CUUCUUCUUCUUCUUGCCCACAGCCACACAAUUUCCACGACGCUGUCAGUGCUACCUCUCGCUAUCCCCUUGGCAACAGAGUCUUCUGCCGAGCUUCAGUUUCUCUCUUGCCUAACUUCAAUUGAAAAUUUUCCCGGUUGCAGUUUGUUAGUUUCUGUGCUCGGGCCGGAGUUUCUUAGUUCAUUCAUUGUCUCAUCUCCCGGCCGGCGAAGGAACACUGACAAGUGUUUUGAAUACUUGAGAGGCACUUCACUUUCUCGCUCAUAAUCAUCAGACGGAAAAGGAAGGCGGGAUCGUGUUGAAUGCUUGAAAGUGGUCUCGCGCAUUAACCACUGAUCCUGUUGCUGUUUGUAGUAAUUACCAGUAAGUGAUGAAAUGGGGGGGAACCCCUUAUUCUGGAAAUGGAUAUCUCCGCCAUUAAUGGCUUCUGGUGAGCCAUAGACCCCAUAGGCUCUCGUUCUCCCUCUCAAAGGUCCUUUCUUUUUGUACCCUUCUUCCACCCUUCCCAUGACCCCUCAUCAUUCCUCUUCCUCGGCCCCAAGAUGUCCAAGAAACCGAAGGAUUCGGCCGUGGGAUAAGUAGAGAAGAUGACCCAUUUGGACUUGCUUAAGAGAUUAAAGCGCUGGAACUCCCUGGAGCCUUCCUUUGGGGUGCUGGGCUUCCUCUUCGUUGCUUCCAUCUUUGUCGGGUCUUUCUUUUGCUUGGAUUACAGGGCUGUGACGCUGCGGCUGAAGGCCGCCGGGCUGGGUUCUUUGGGGAGUCCUUUCUCCACGCUUGUGGGCAGGAAUGAGCGGCCGGGGUUUUUCGAUGAUGGGGGCAACGAGUGCGAUGUGUUCGAUGGAAACUGGGUUUGGGAUGAAGGAUACCCUCUGUAUGAGAGCAGGGAUUGCUCCCUAUUGGAUGAUGGGUUUAGGUGCUCUGAGAAUGGAAGGCCUGAUAGCUUUUACACCAAGUGGAGAUGGCAACCCAAGAACUGCAACUUGCCCAGAUUUGAUGCAGAUGAUAUGCUAGAAAGACUCCGGAAUCGACGGGUCGUAUUCGUUGGGGACUCAAUAGGAAGGAACCAAUGGGAAUCCCUUCUUUGUAUGCUCGCCUCUGCUGUCUCCAACAAAUCCUCAAUCUAUGAGGCGAAUGGUAGGUCCAUCACGAAGCACAUGGGGUUCUUGGUGUUCAAGUUCGAGGAAUUCAACUGCACAGUUGAGUACUAUCGAGCACCGUUCCUCGUGGUCCAAGGCCGGGCUCCAGCAGGAAGCCCUGAGGAGGUCAAGUGUACUUUAAAACUCGAUCUGAUUGACUGGACUGCCAGCCAAUGGAAGGAUGCAGACAUAUUGAUUUUCAAUGCAGGCCAUUGGUGGAACUAUGAGAAAACUCUAAGAGGGGGGUGUCACUUCCAAGUCGGGCCCGAGGUGAAGAUGAAUAUGAGCGUUGAGGAUGCAUACCGGCAAUCAAUUGAGACUGUAAUUGAUUGGAUUAGUGCUCACGUAAAUACGAGCAAGACUCAGGUCUACUUUCGCUCUUACGCUCCUGUCCACUUCAGGGGCGGGGACUGGAAAACAGGGGGAAGCUGUCACUUAGAGAAUUUGCCUGACUUGGGUCCCAGUUUUUCCCAAGCUUCCACUCACCAAGUGAUCCUAAUCGAUGUGUUGAAGAACUGGUACGGUGAUAUAGGGCAGAAGCAGCUCGAGCUGUUGAACAUAACGGGCCUCACAGGCCGACGGAAGGAUGGGCACUCCUCUUUGUACUACCUUGGGCCAGGCAAUGGGCCUGCAUCCCUUCACCGGCAGGACUGUAGUCACUGGUGCUUGCCUGGUGUUCCUGAUACAUGGAACGAGCUGCUGUACGCGUAUGUCCUCAAGAGAGAGAGAGCUGGCUCAAGAAAUCAAACAAGCGGUUCACAAGAUCCAUUAUAAUUCGGAAGAGAAAGAUAUCUCAAAGGUUACUCCUAAAAUCACACAAACAUUACAUGGACUUUUAGAGAGAAAGGUCAGCAAUACCCCCGCGGCAAGGUACAAAGCAUCAUUGAAGUUUUGUUCUAAAGAGCUGAAGCUACAGGCACAGGAUAUACUCAAAUACUACAGCUGCUUGCUUCUUUCUGAUACCUCCUAUUUGUAUAUAGGGAUCCGCUGAAGGGACGUCAAUCUGGUGUAAUUGCUGUAUAGUUCAUAUGAUCAAGGAUGCCGGGUUGUGAAACCCGGAAUUUCUUUAGGAAUUUACGAGUAAUCUGUAGUUGUAAAUGACAGAUGAAAUCAUAGCAUCCACCAUAUUCAUCCCGGUUUCAUUCUGUUGUACUUUCA